CAGUGUGACCGCAGUACACUCACAUUUUUUUUCGACAAUAUUAUUUAACAUCUGUAAAUUAUAAGUUAAACUUUCAAAAUGAACAGCAUUGGCGAGGACUGCAAUGAGCUGAAGAAGCAGUAUGACGCUUGCUUCAACGGUUGGUUCUCGGAGCGGUUUCUGAAGGGCCACACAGAUGAAUCUGCAUGCGCGCCCAUUUUCCGGGUCUAUCAGGAUUGUGUGAAGCGCGCCAUGAGGGAGCAGAAGAUAGAGUUGCGGGAAAUCGACACGGAGUACACCACGAAUUCGGAGUAUGAGAACACCGGCAGUUCCAGUGGGAAUAAGCAGAGCAAGAGUUGACCAAUGACGACAGUACCACAGCCUGGCUACGGAUUUGAUUCUGCAAUCAGCCUUGAAGGGCAAAGCCUUGGCCAUCAGGGCCCACGCAAUCGCAGGGGCUCGGCCUAGGUCUCGGCCAGGUGCAAGGACAAGCGUGCGAACCAGAAGAAGCUCCUACAAUAGCCCAAAAAUUGAUUAUUGAUUAAAUGAAGUAGCAAAUAUUAGUUAAAAAUUAAGUUGAAAGUAUAAGCCAACCACAGUCGUUACAUCUAUGCAUGAAUUAAAGUGUUGUACAUACUUAUA